AUGUCUAUCCAAUCCAACAGACUUGUCCUCUCUCUUUUCUUUUUCUUCCUUGCCCUGUCGUCUGCACUGCCUAUCGAAAGAAGAGCAGUGGAGUACGUGACCGCUGCUGCCGUCACGCAGACUCUGCCAACAACGGUCAACCCGACCGGCUACAGAACAGUCACCACAGAGGUCAACGGGGUCACCGGUACUUACCUCCAACAGGUCGUCACCUCCCAUGCGCCAAAGACGCUAACUUCGGACUCUGUUUCCUACUCCUCCGAGCAGCCAGAAACAUACACAAGCACGUCCGUCUCCGUCACGGAAUACGUUUCCUCCGAGUCUAGUUCGUCGACUAGCUCGUCUACCUCAAGCUCUUCCACCUCCUCCACCUCCUCCACCUCCUCCACCUCCUCCACCUCCUCCACCUCCUCCACCUCUUCGACUUCCUCGUCCUCGUCCUCAUCCUCGUCCUCAUCCUCAUCGACUUCUUCAUCCUCCUCGCUCUCCACUUCUUCGACCAUUACUUCCACUUUAUCUUCCUCAUCCGCCACUCCUAGCCCAAGCUCAACCACCUCUAUCUCUCAGACCACCUCCACAUCUUCCUCUUCCUCUUCAUCGUCAUCUUCAUCUUCAUCUUCAUCCUCUGUCACCUCUUCUUCCUCCAGCCCUUCCACCUCCAAGGCCUCCUACUUCCCUUACACCACGGCUACAGCAGGCGGCACCUGCUACGUGAUGUACGCGGAAGAUAAUCAGAGCGCCUCCUACACCGAUGACGCACCUUACACCACCAUCACAAUUACCAGCGUCGUCGCCACCGUUACGUUGAGCUCGACCGGUAAAUAG